ACAAUGGCGGCAAAAAUAAAAGCGAGCAGAAGAAUAUGGAUAUUUAUUCUCCCUAUCCUUUUAUUUAGUCUAAUGUUUUUAUAUAUACGAAACAAAAUAGACAAAUUGCACUGCUCGUCACAAGAAUCACUCACUACAUUUUCACAGUCCGUCCUACGGUUUUUCCACCGCAUGUUCGGCUCUGAGACCCCAGUGAUCACUGCACAGCACUAUCGGUCGCAACUCUGUGACAAAAACAUUGUUGCGAUAUGUCUCAUCAUUCUCACUGUAAACCUUCCCGAAGACAUUAAUUACUGGCUUGCAGAAAUAGCACGUGACUCCGACCUCAGAGAAUUUAUUAUCCGUUUGUCUAUUGUCGCAGUAAUAGUGAUGUGCGUAAUUCUUUGCAAUCUGUAUAAAUGGCAGGGCUUGGUCGACGACGAUGUAGUAGUUGCAGUGUCCUCGACGAAGACGGUGCAGAAGAUUCGGAGAGAGAAUGGUUUUCAGUCGAAAACACAUUCAUUUGAUCGGCACAGCACUUGGACGUUUUGGCGUAUCGCCGGGCUGGCUUUCACGCUGUUGACGUUAAUAAGUAUUCCGUGGGAGUUUGCUCGACUUUAUCAGAAAGAGGUCUCAGUGCGGGCAGCCAAGACUACAGCUGGUGAACCCCAGGAGUGUUUCCCCGGAGGGAUGGGGAUAUUCCAGAGUCUGCGGGCGUGGUCCCAGCAUCACUUCUCGUGGAGCGACGACGACCCCUGUGGGAAGUACUACUACUACCUCCUUGUGGACCCGCUCUGGGAGCUCACACCUCUCAUGGUCCUGUCUUCGGCUGCGUCCCGAUGUAUCCUUCACCCUAUGGAGCAGCUGUUUUCCGGACUUGGUCGCAGCAUGCGCAUGUUUUUCCAGGAAAUUCCCGUGCAGUGGCAGCCGGUCAUCAUGAUGAUGUCGGUGCUGCUGCUGCUCGUGACGAUGCUGAUGAAGUUCCGCUACCGACUGUCGGUGCCGCUGUUGCUGAGAUUCGAACCGAGGACCCCCGUCGAAGACCGGGAAAGCAGUACACGGAUACAGAAACAGAUGAUCAAUCUAGAUAACUCCUACAUUGACUGUUACAUUCCCAAUGACAAGUGCUGCCAGGGGGGUGUUCCCAAAAGACAGUCGGUUGCCAGGGGCAGAAGGAAAAAAGUGGAGAGAGAUUAGUGUGUGUGUGUGGUUUCGUAUUGUUAAAUGUUAAUCAUGGUUUUAAGUUGUUGUGUGUGUGUGUUUCAUAUAUAUGUUGUUACGAACGAACGAGAGAAAAAGAUUUACGUGCACAUUCAGAGCAAGCUGUUGUAGCACACGCCUAUCCUGGUCACAGGGACCGGCCUUGGCCGGUUCCCUCUGUCCAGGACAGGAAAGAGUUGGGGGAGGGUUAGAGAAGGGACGCUUGCACUGACAAGUGCAAGGGAGCACCAGCAGUCCAGUGUUGGUGACAGGCGGGGUGUAAUUGGUGCUAUGGAAUUUUGAAAGUCCCAUAGGAUUAUGUCAAAGAGGAUGAGGUGCGCGUUUACAUGAAGGAAAUUUGGUGCAAUUUUGAUGGUUGUUCUAAUUGAAAUAGUGAGGAGAGCUAAUAGGUUUUGCUUUUAGUAUUCCGAAAGUGGCUCUUUAUUAUGACCGUCAUGUUUUUACUGAGGUUGGUUCUUUUUAUAGUUAGAUUAGUGUGUGUGUGGUUUUACAUUGUUAAAUGUUAACCAUGGUUUUAAGGUGUGUGUGUGUGUGUAUAUAUAUAUAUAUAUAUGUUGUUACUGAGGUUAGUUUUUUUAUAUAGUUAGAUUAGUGUGUGUGUGGUUUUGUACUGUUAAAUGUUAAUCAUGGUUUUAAGUUGUGUGUGUGUGUGUAUAUAUAUGAUGUUACUGAUGUUAGUUUUUUUUAUAGUGAGAGAGACUAGUGUGUGUGUGGUUUCGUAUUGUUGUCAAAUGUUAAUCAUGGUUUUAAGUUGUGUGUGUGUACAUAUAUGUUGUUACUGAUGUUAGGUUUUUUAAAAGUUUUUUUGUAAUCGUUUAUAUAUUAUUACGGUUCAUACUGGUCAUGGAAAGGAAUUUUGCCAAAUGUCAGUUUUCAGGCCAGAAACGUCAUGGAAUUUUCAGGUGGGUUAUGGAAUGUCAUUGAACAUUAUUGUGUAUGUAUAUUAUAUAUUGUUACUGAUGUUA